AUGUUGGCGAGCCGUCCGGAGCGUGUUCCCGGGUGUGGACCUGAAGGGCUGCAGUUUUCACUGGGCCCAAGCUGUGUUGCGGAAUACAUCCGGAAGUUGAUGGCGUUGCCGUUCCUCCCGUCGCCUCAGAUUUACGACGCCUUUGUGAAGCUGAAGCGUCUGGCCAACACCCCAGAGCUGACUCAGCUGGUCGAUUACCUCGACAGAUACUGGUUCAGGAGCGGUGUCUGGUCGACUGCGAACUGGUGCGUCCAUCGACAGUCCGUCCGCACCAACAACGACGUAGAGGGUUGGCAUCGCAGGAUCAACACCAAGGCUCGCCGGGCGAACCUCCCGUUCUACAUGCUCGUCCCAUUGCUUCACCAGGAAGGCCGCCUCGUCACCCUCCAGAUGAGGCUGGUAGCCGAGCAGGCCCUGCGUCGCCAGCAGACUACAGUGUACCGCCGCAUCCAGGGGAGGAUCCAGACGUUGUUGGACCAGGUAUGUAAAACUUAUUGA